GUCACGAAACCGUUGGAUGUGUGAGGCAUUCAUCAUCCCUGAACAAGUGUAUCCAAAAUGCGAUCCAGCACUACGUUACGUACAUGUCCAAUGGGAAAAUCUCCGACCGGAUAUACGUGAUGUCGAUCGAUCCGUUGGCCUUCCCCAACGCCACUCUAGUGCGCAACCGUAACAUCCAUACGUACUUCCAGAGCCGGGAAAUGCGAGGCUUCAAGAAUUCCUUUGUUACCGAUGUGAAGGCAGAUUUGAAUAAACUGGAGUUCUUGCUGCAGUUCCACAUGCCGGCCCUGGACGUCCACGGAUCUUACAGGGCAGAGUUAGCCUCCGAUAGGCAGAUUGCAGAAUGGGCAAAAAUGUUCUCCUCAAUUCGAAACUCAACGCUCCGGAUCCACCUGAAGGGAAUGACCUACGAGAGCGACGACCGGAUAUACGUGCGGGUCAACAUCACGGACUUCGACAUCACCAUCGGCGAUCACACGGUGGGCUUCGGUUGGUUCACCAUGAGUGGAAACUACUCGGACCACAGCCAAGCGUUCGACCUUGAGCGGGGGCGAAACAUCCUGUCGAUUGUGGAGACCGAGUUUACCGAGAGCUUCCGGGCAAACUUCCAGCAGCUGUUGAACGACAUUCUGCGGUUGGCUCCGUUCGAGCGGUUCUUCCCGAGCCAGUGAGCGGCGCGAGGGGAAUUACUGGGCGAUGAUGAUGACGACGAGUGACGCAGCUGGCAGUGUCACGCGGGAGGUUAUCAGUCGACGAAUGUAAAUAGCACUGUAUUUGUAUUAAUAAAUGAAUAUUUAUUUUUGUACAAAACGA